CUGUGCACUAUUCUUGUUUAUCUCACUAACUACUCUUUCUCUCUCUCUCCGGCUUAAAAUCUUAUUAUUAUUAUAUAUUUUUCUGAUAUAAAUAAAUGAAGCAAGCUUCUUGAACUGGGCUACUUAGAUCACAAAGAUUCCUCCCACUACCAUUCAUGCAACUCCUCCUUAUCUCUUACUCAGCUUUGAAGUGAUAAAGAGUAUGAAGAUGUUACAAAAAUAAGUGAACUUUCUGGGCAUUGUUGAGAAAAUGGAGAACCCCAAAACCCUAGAAGCUGAAAACCCAGAUGAUAAAACCCCAAUUCAGGCUUCUGGGUUGAGGGAGAUGGGUGAAAAAAGCUAUGGGUUAGCUUCCCUUUCCGACAUUUCCAAUGAAGUAGAUGAAAGAAAGGAUUUUGCUAAUAAUGAUUUGGGGGUUGAAAAUGUUGAAGUGGUAACUCAAGCAGUAAUAGCUGAAAAUGGUGGUGGAGUAGAGAAUUCAGCGAAGGGAGAUGAGGUUGAGAAAGGUUGUUUGGUCAAGGACUGGGUUGAUAGGGAAAAAGAGGCAAACUUGGGUUUAAUUGGGUCUACACUUGACAAGGAAAAUGAGGCUGAAAUGGGUUUGUUAAAGUCACAAUCAGAUGGGAGCAUAGGAGAUUUGGGCGGCAAUGUCAUUGAGGAGAAGGUUCAAGAUGAGGGGAGGAGUGAAGAUAAACCAUUAGGAUCAACUGAGAUAGAAGUUUCAAGCGGCGGUAUAUCGCUCUUUGUUGAGUUUAGUGGCUCUCCUGGAAAUUUUAUGCACAAGGAUGUUGAUGUAGAAAAUUCUUCUUCUUUGGCAGAGAGCAUGGAGGAUUUAAAAUAUGGCAAUGGAAAACAAGGAACUAAUAUUGAUAAUCAAGACUUGAACUUUUCCGUGGGUGAUAUUGUAUGGGUCCAAACCAAAAAUCAAACGUGGUGGCCAGGAAAGAUUUGUAAUCCUGUGAAUGCACCAAAAUACGCUGCAAGGACCGGUGAGGGGGACCAUCUACUAGUGGGGUAUUAUGGGAUCAGCCACUUUGCUUGGUGCCGUCCAUCUCAGUUGAAGCCUUUUCAUGAGAACUUCGAGCAGAUGAAAGGGAAAAACAAAGCUAGAAUCUUUGUUGGAGCUGUGGAGAAAGCUGUUGAUGAGUUUGGUGGGCAUGUAAAGUUGGAGAUGACUUGCUCCUGUGCUUUGUCACGUAAUCAACUUUCAGCAGAUGAGGAGGCAUCAUUUGCCAAGGAAGCUGUAAAGUCCAAGCACAAAUCUGCUAGACUUGGUGAAUUUUCGGUCUCUAAUUUUGAACCUGUAAUGUUUCUUGAUUGUCUCAAGUAUCUUGCAAAAGUUGUUUCGUUGCCUCGCAAUCUUGAUUUCACUGUCACACAUAAUCAGCUUUCAGCCUUCUAUCUUUUUAAUGGCCAUACUCAAUUGCCUAUGCAUCUACUUACAGAAAGGAACAGUGCCGCAGAAGGCAAAGUUUCAGGUAAAGAUAAAAAAGUUUUCCAAUGGAUUAGAAGAUGCAAUAAUGCUGAAGAAAGUUCUGAAUUAAGUGGACCCAAGAACAAAAAGAUGAAGAAAAAGUCUGCAAUCAAAGUUGAAGAUGGCAAGGAUAAAAAGAAAGAUCUGACUGGUUUAUGCAAAUCUACACCAACAAAGGGAACUGAAGGGAGCGAAGGAGAUGUUAGUGGAAAAGUGAAGAAAAGGUCUGCAGUCAAAGUUGAAGAUGGCAAGGAUAACAAGAAAGAUCUGACUGGUUUAUGCAAAUCUACACCAACAAAGGGAACUGAAGGGAGCGUAGGAGACUUCAGUGGAAAAAAGGGGAUGAUUGAAAAAGGAUUUGAUUCAAGAGAACGAAAGAAGAGCAGGUACUUGUCUUAUCCAUAUGUAAGCUGGGAGCAGAAAGGCUCAUCAACAGGAACAGAAGAUCCCAAGGGUGCACAAGUCACUCUAGAAGCAAAUAUAGGUGCUGGCCAAGAUAUCGCAUCUCCUUUGAAUUUAAAAUGCAGUGGGGAGAAGUUUUGGAAGAAAUGGUACAGGAGUUUUUCUGGAGAGAGUAACAUACCUGGCAGUUCGGAGUUAAUAAGUGUAGCUCCAGCUGAGUUGCUAUGUGAAAUUCGUUCUGCUGCUGUGGAUUGUCUACAUCCAAAGGGAAGUAAAAAAUUUAAUCUCAUUGGUUGGACUUUUUCCAGAUUCAGGACUUCUGUGUAUCAUGACGAAGUUGCUGAUGAAAUAUGUCCAAAGAAUAUAAUAGGUCAAAAUGAGUUAAAUGGUGCUGAAGCCUGCUUGUCUGGAAAUAAUGUAGAGAAGGACAAGUGUAUUUCCAAGCCAAAGAGAACCAAGAAAAAAGAAACUUUGAAGCAUUCUGUCUGCUCACCAGAUGUGAUUGGGAAUGGAGAAAAUAGUGUGCAGGAUGUGAAGGAGAGCAAGAGCCUCAAUCUAUCGUCGGAAAAGUCUCUUGUAGAAAAGUUGAAAACAAAACCCCUUUCUGGGCUGUCAGAUGUGAAUAUAAGUAUUGUCACGGAUGGCAUGUCGGUAAAAGAGGCCUUGGAGAUGGGCUCUUCUGGGCCCUCCUACAACGAAGUCAAGCGGAGGAGAAAGAAGAAAGGGGAAGAAAUACAUUUGGAGCAUCUUCAGACAAAUCAAACCAAUGGUAUACCAGAUUUGAAUGGUAACAGUGUUGUGUCGAGUGUUAUGGUUGAUGAUCCACAGGUUAUGAGCAGUGUUGUUCCAGAGAGUAACCUUGAGCUGCUGAUGAAAAUGGAGAAAGGCGCUCUUUUAGGGAAUUCAAAUGCUAAAGUCGCUGUUAACUUAAUGGAUGUGCAUGGGAACAAUGCUGAACCUGGUACCCUGGUGGUUGAUCUGAGGGUUCCUGCUGCACCUGCUCAACAAGAUUUUACUACAAAUAAUGGCCCUCCUAGAUUUGGACUGUUGGACAAAGAUGGACAAAUUAUUGGCUCACUCUCUGAAGAAGGUAAAUCUGUGCCAAAAAAGAGAAAGAAAAGGGAGAAAGCAGCUCCGAAAAUUAUUCCAGAUUUAAAUGGAACAAACAGUGAAUUCAACUCCUUGGGGAAGGAUUCUCUGGAGACUAAUGGCAUUACAAUUCCUAUGAAACCUGAGCGGAAAAAGAGGAGGAAAAAAGGGCAAGCUGCUUUUGAGCCUCCGAAAAAUAUUUCUUUCACUGGAAGACCAGACACCAUUGCAAGUUACAAUAAAGCAGAAACUAAUGGUGAGACAAGAGGGGCUGCUGCUCUUCUCUUGACUUUUGCCACUGGAGUUUCAAUGCCUUCAAGAGAAGAUUUGAUCUCAACAUUUUGCAAGUUUGGACCCUUGAAAGAAUCAGAGACACAGUUGUUAAAAGAUCCCGGUAGCGCUCAAAUUGUUUUCACCAAAAGUGUUGAUGCUAGAGAAGCAUUGCAGAGUAUAGAGAAAAACAACCCUUUUGGUUCAACCCUGACCAACUACCGGCUCCAUGAUCUUUCUUCUACUUUCAGAGUUGCGAAACCCAACCAAGCUUCUAACACAACAACUAUAGCAACAUCUUCACCAAUGGAAGGAUCUUUGAACCCCCCUCAAGCACAAGCACCUGGAGCACUUCCUCUUGACUUCAUAAGGCAGAAUCUUCAGAUGAUGACAUCAAUGCUGGAGAAGUCCGGGAACAAUCUUUCUACAGAGAUGAGAACCAAAUUAGAGGGUGAAAUUAAAGGCCUCCUGAAUAAGGUGAGCUCCAUUGCUAGUUAGCUCAGGUGGAGUUUACAUGAAAGUUAAAAUGCUUCCUUAGGCUAGUUUCGUCCUUGGCUUGGACUAAACUUUUUCUUUGUUAGCUACCGCUGUUUUUGCCCCCUGUUUACUUGGGCUCUCCAUCUCAAUAUGUUGUUAGAAUUGGUAUGUGUUUUUUUUUAUAACUGAUUCCUCCAUUUGAGAGAGAAGAUAAGUCAUAAGCGAUGGCUCUUAAACUAAGGGAUGUUGUAACACCUUCUAGAUUGGUUGUUAUUUAACUUAUUUUCUUCUCU